AGAAGCAGAAUUAGGACAGACUUGAGCAAGGAAAUGGGGUGUUGUGAGAAACAUCAACCAGGAGGGUCAGGAAGUUCCCGGGCCUCUUCCUGGAUGAAUGAUGUGGCAGGUGGUGGUGGUGGUGGUGGUGGUGUGAAUCCAAUGAAUGGAGAAGUUGGACUCCUGGGUCCAUCCCCAUCUCCUGAUCCCUGUUUUUGAGUUCAGAGUUCCUGGUGACAAAUGUGGAAGCCAGCCUGCCCUUUGGCAGGGCGCUCUCAGGGCCUUAUUAAUGAAUAACUUUGGCCGCAGGGCUGAAGAAAUGGAUAUAUAGUCCCACGGGAGAAUCCCUGCUGGAUUUUAUACAGUUGUCCCAACCCGUAAGGCUGAGUCCUGCUCCUCAUCCUUCAGAAGAGAAUCUCAGAUCAGUCCCUAGAGCACCCAAGAAUCUUGGGUCUUCAGCCCUUUCCUGUCACCCCUUCCUUACAUGGGACUGACCUGAUCGCUGUGUCCCAUCCACUGAAAGCAGCCCCCUCUCCUGCCCCCACACUGAGGAUUCCCAAGAAACUUCUUGUAUCUUAUAAUACUAUGUCUGGGUUUGCCUCCCUGCUGCUUCUCCUGCUUCUUUCUUGCCAGAUCUCAGAAGGCUCCAAGCACAUAGAAGCAAGGAAUAUCACUGAAACCAAAUGUCCUUCACGGAAAAAGAGUUUUGUAAUGCGAACAGGACACGUUUGUCAGAGGAGCUGUGAACGCCGCCAAUGUUCAAAAACCAGAAAGUGUGUGUGCGAUGGUAAAUGUGGAUUGAGUUGCAUUUCUCCAGCCUUAAGAUGUCCAUGGCCCAUGACAGUUGAUAAUGCUGAGACACACUUGGCCCAGGAAUCCCAUGUGUUUGGAGACUUCAUGACGGUGACCUGCAAAUCUGGAUAUAGAAUGCUGGAUGGACAAGAAAUGUCAAUCAGCCGUUGUCAAGGAGACAAAAAGUGGAGUAUCACUGCACGGUGCGAAGAUAUUCUUAAUAUUUCAAAUGUUUGCAAACCUCCCCCUGAGAUUGACAAUGGAUACCAUGAAAAUGGUCCUUAUACCAUAGGAAAGGAAGUGCUCUAUAGGUGUAAACCUGGAUAUUGGCUGCAAGGGUCCAAUUCACUCCUAUGCCAAGAAAAUAAGGAAUGGUCAGACAAUGCUCCAACUUGCCAUCCUGUUACCUGUUCCCGGCCAACCAACGUUGCACAGGCAACACUGGUGGCUGUGCACCAGUCUGAAUAUCCUGUAGGAACUGUAAUCUAUUACUUAUGUCACAAGGACUUCUACCUAGAUGGUUCUAACAGAGUCAUCUGCCUGAAAAAUGGAAGCUGGUCCCAACUGCCUUACUGUAGAGCUCGCUGUCCCAUCAUUGCCCAAAGGAGCCGGAUAAUCUACCAUGGACGUAAAGUUUGGGCCUAUGAGAUCCCAAAUGGUCUUGUUCAUCAUGGUGAAACAGUCACAUUUUUCUGCCGAAGUCAGAAUAAGACUUGUAGUUUUGAAGCUGAAAGCAGUUGUUUUGAUGGCGUAUUGAAGAUGCCUGAUUGCUAUGAUGAACCAACCUAUUUGCAAUACCAUCUCUUCCCCAAAAGAGUUGUAUCCGAAAUACGUGCUUGUUGAACAUCUGACCAGUCACUCCUUCAGCAAUGAGAUCUGUCUCCUUCUCCUUGUUCAAGCUGACAGACAUCCUAGAAAUCCAAGGGGAAAAAUGGAAAUAAGAUCAAUACUAAGAAAAGAUGUCAACCAAAGGGAAAAGAGAAGGCAGGCCUGUGUAUGUAAAUGCUACAGCUGGCAUUCUUGACAAUCAAUAGCUAGGUGUAUGUUUUAUUUAUUUUUAACUGUUGCUCACUAAGUAAGCAUCAAAAUACUUUCAGGCCAUCCCAAACCACAACUCAAUUUCUCCUGUACUUCUUUUAAAAAAUAUUUCUUCCACAAGUCAUAUGGUUAAACUUAUCCAAACUAUCCUCUAAAUAGAGAGCAUUUUAAAUAUGAAGGAAGUUUUGUUUAAAACCUACAACAAGUAAAAGCACAUAUCAUUGUAAUCCUAGAGGAAUAAAUUCCUUUUUCCACUUUGGUCUAGUGGUUAGUUGGCACUAGGAUAGAAAUUCGGAGACUGUGAGUUCUAGUCCCGCCUUAGGCAUGAAAGCCGGCUGGAUGACUUUGGGCCAAUCACCCGGAGACUAUGAGUUCUAGUCCCGCCUUAGGCAUGAAAGCCGGCUGGAUUAUUUGGGCCAGUCACUCUUUCUCUCAGCCCAACUCACAUCACAGGGGGGGUUGUGGGGAAAAUAGGAGGAAGAAGGAGUAUUAGAUGAGUUCUCCAGCUUGAGUUGCUUAUUAAAAAUAAUAAUAAAGGUGAAAUAUAAAUAAAAUAAAAUAAACCAUAGUAGAUCGAGAGAAACUGCCUUGGAAAACAAUGCAAAGAGCUGUUUGCUAAGAGCUAUAGUGGAGGCUAGAUAAAUUUGAACUAUGAAGUCCCUGGCUAGCAGUUCCUACUUUUUGGAACUGCGCUACCAUAGCACCCUUUAGGCUUAGAAAAUACUCCUCUUGGGCACAAGGGACUGCAGCAAGCAAAUAAAAAAAGGAACAGUCUGAUUGCAAUUGAAUUCAUUAUAGAACACUGAGUUCAGUAAACCCAAAUGAACUUGGAGAAAUGCGUAAGAGCGAACAAAACAAAAAGCAUGACCCCAGAUUAGGGAUCCUAUAGCAAACAAGCUGGAGCCAAUUUCCAUACCAUGCUGGUAAAAUAUUUGUCUUUAAUUCCCAAGGCCUGUAUGACUGUAUACGGUACUUACAUAUCCCACUGAAGGAUUGGAAAAGUUAUGGCAAGUUGGUAUUAAUAGAAGAGACUAUUUGUAGCUCAGAAAUGAACUGUCAAGUCUUUGAUGUUUUUCUGAGCUGGGUUGUUUUCUUGUAGACGUUUCAUUUCUUGACUAGGUAGCAUCAUCAAAGGUAUAAAUACCAGGCUGGUAUUAUUCCCAUUUAUCCCCUAGCUAAGCAUGAUCAGGGCCCUGAGGUCCAGAUUGAAGAACAGGAUGGUGAAAAGAAAGCAACUGAAAAAAUGAUCCUAGGAUAAGAACUAUAUGAAACUAUUUUUCCUGUAUACUUCUGUAGAACUAUUUGUAUAUAAUAAACUGAAUUUAUUAUAUAAAAAUGUGAUCUUGUGGCCCAAAACUAGAAUGGGCCUCUGAGGUAAAGCGGCUUCAUUGAUUUAUUAAAUUUACAGUGCACAUA